AUGCCCGUGGCAACAUCCGAAUCAAAAGAGGUAUCGGUGCUGACCAGUGCGAAUUUGCACAUUGUCAAUGACCCCACCAUUCUUGCUUCAGAUAAUGUAUCUUUGUCGUUUGAACUAUUCGUGAGAUUAUUUCCAAACACUCAGAAGGAUGUACCCAUUGACAAUAACAAGUUCGUGUUGAUCAAAUUGAUCGGAGUGCCCGAUUACUUCGAUAAGUUCAAGAUUUACAAAGUCACCUCUAUCGACGAUCUGCCUCCAACUGCCUCUUCGGUGACAUUCAUCAACCAUGCCAAUUUGGCCAAGUUCGGCAGAAACUUGACAGUUAGAGGCUGUGCCAUCCAAAGCAUAAGCACAGAUCUUAUUCCUGCUCUUCUGAAUGUUAUUGUGGAGGUUCCCGUCAGCAUCUAUGACGUAUUGAGUGUAUCUCCAGCGGAAGCAGUCAAAGAGCAGUUCGUGUCCAAGUACAUUGCUGGCAAUGGGGGCGUGGUGUCUCAGGGCGAUAGCAUCAGUCUUAUCAAUGGCGAGGUUGUACUUUGUGAACCAAUGUAUCAAGGUAUUGUCAAUUCAUCUACAAACCUUACAUUUGUUAAGAAGUCAAUCACAAAAGAUCUUGAAUUCCAAUCUGAUGAUUUCGACGACCAAGAGAUUGAUAUUUCGCAAUACUUGUACAAGUCUGUUCUAGAGGACUCAGAAGAGUCCGAGGAAGAAAACUACUUGAUGGAUGUUGGAGCCUUACCUCACCCGAUGUCUCUUGAUGGUGCACAUUUUGCAACCGAGGAUUCCGAGUUGUAUGCUUUUAUGAGCACUGAUGAUAUCUCGAGAUUGGGAUUUCCUAUUUUUAAUGGUGAUUUGGCAAUUUUGACUGUUGGGGACUCCAACUUGGUGGUGAAGGUGUUUACAUUCCUAGAGCCUCACAACUCAUUCUCCCCGAAGACAGCAUACUUGUCACCAUUAUUAUUGAUCAACUUAAAUUUCAAGGAGAAUUCCAGAGUGAGCUUCAAACAAUACUCUUCUGCCAGUCAACAUUUCGCUGACGCUUUCCCGAUCGCCAAGGCUGCAACCAUAUCAAGAGUUGUUUCUCCUAUCACUAUGGAUAAGACUUAUCAGCAAAGUUUUUUUGCCGAGUUGAAGUCUACCUUUCAUUUGCGUUCCAAGUGCUUUAAGCAGGGUGACAUGUUUCCUGUUUGUAUCGACUCCAUUUUGGCCAAAACCUUGUUUGAAAUUUCAUUGCAACAUCAGAAUGGUCAAAAUGAAGAAGAGUCUUCCAACGAAAUGUCAAUCACCCCGACAGGAAACCCAGACUCCGUUGCUUGGUUUAAGAUCCUCGAAAUCUCGGGGUCGGAUGGUGACUCUAGUAGGUUCAACCAGUACAGAAUCGACCCUUCUCAAACAGCAUUGACCUCUUCGGGAAUUGAGUUUGUCCGUACACCUAAAAACCAAGGGACCAACUGGUCAGAAUAUCUUGGACUUCCGUCCACAUUUGACUAUUCAUCCGUUGAGGAUUCUCCAGAUUUGUUCAAGUAUGCAAAGGAAUUUAAGAGAGUCAUCACAACAGGUAUGGAGACAAGCUCUAAAGUUGACUUAAAGACCACAGUUCUUCUCAAUUCUAUGUCGAGAGGUUUGGGUAAGACAAAUGUUGUGAGAAGUUUGGCUUUGGAGCUUGGACUUAAUCUUAUUGAACUUGACGCUUUUGAUUUCAUCAAGCCUGGUGCAGAAUUGAAGACAAUCGGUCUCUUGUCAGGAAAGAUCGAAAAACAGCUAAAUGGUCAACUAGAUGCUAACACUGUCACAAAUUACAACCUUCUCUAUAUCAAGCACAUUGAAAAUUUGUGUGUCCAGGCAGACCCAAAUGAGCAAGGCGCCAAUACUUCAACCUCCUUGUCAUUAAAAGUGAUUGACACUAUAAUGGGAUUUUUGAACAAGUACAAAAAUACUGCCUUCAUUGCUAGUUGUAAUGAUAUUGACAAGUUGAGUGACAGUCUCAGACAAGUUAUCAAAUUCCAAAUCGAUGUUACAGUUCCUACUGAGCAAGAGAGACUUCAAGUGUUCAAAUUCUUGCUUAAGCUCGAAACCAAGCCAUCCAAUAAUGAAUCCAUCCCUGAAGCAUACGAAGACAAGGUAGAGUUUACUGGACGCCUAGACUUGUCCAAGUAUAGGGUUGAUACCCGUGCUGACAUAAGUGCCCAAACACUUGCAUUGCAGUCUGCCGGUUUGACACCUAGAGAUUUGAUUGCCAUCAUCAGAAAAGCGAAGCAACUAGGAAUUAAGAGACUACGUGGUCUUUCUAAGUCACUCAGUAUUCCAUUGAUGGAACUAAUGCAAGUUGGAAAUGGAGGCGUCAUCCAAUUAAUUCCUGAGGAUUUUGAUAUGGCGAUUAAUGAUGCCAGAAACCAGUUUAGUGACUCGAUUGGUGCUCCUAGAAUUCCAAAUGUGAAAUGGGAGGACAUUGGAGGCUUGGACCUUGUUAAGGAUGAAAUCUUGGAUACCAUCGACAUGCCUUUGAAGCACCCAGAAUUGUUCAGUAACGGAUUGAAAAAGAGAAGUGGUAUCUUGUUCUAUGGUCCCCCAGGAACAGGAAAGACAUUACUUGCCAAAGCAAUUGCAACAAACUUUUCGUUGAAUUUCUUCAGUGUUAAGGGCCCCGAACUUUUGAACAUGUACAUCGGUGAGUCAGAAGCCAACGUUAGACGAGUGUUCCAGAAAGCAAGAGAUGCAAAACCAUGUGUAAUUUUCUUCGAUGAGUUGGAUUCCGUAGCGCCGAAGAGAGGUAACCAAGGAGACUCCGGAGGAGUUAUGGACAGAAUUGUGUCGCAGCUUUUGGCUGAGCUUGAUGGUAUGAGUGGAGGAGACAGCAACGGUGAUGGAGUGUUCGUUGUUGGAGCAACCAACAGACCCGAUUUGUUGGAUGAAGCGUUGCUCAGACCCGGAAGAUUUGACAAGAUGUUGUACUUGGGUAUAUCUGACACCGAUGAGAAGCAGACCAAGAUCUUGGAAGCAUUGACCAGAAAGUUCAAGUUGAGUGAUGAUGUUGAUUUGGCCAAGAUAGCUGAGAAGUGCUCGUUUACUUUUACUGGUGCCGAUUUCUACGCGUUAUGUAGUGAUUCAAUGUUGAAUGCCAUGACAAGAGCAGCUGGAGAGGUGGACAUCAAACUCAAGGCAUUUAAUGAGAAGAGAAUCGCCAACGGCGAAGAGGAGGUGUCGAGCCGAUGGUGGUUCGACAAUGUUGCUACACCAGAGGAUAUUACUGUCGAAGUUUCAAUGCAAGACUUCCAAAAGGCGCUGAACGAGUUGCUGCCAUCGGUGAGUGCUGAUGAGUUGGCACACUACUUGAGAGUGAAGGAGAACUUUGAGGGAGGCAAGAAAAAAGCCCAGACCGAGGGCAACACCCACCAAAAUGGACAUGACGCCAACGGGCACCACGAAAAUGGCUACCUCGAGGAAGUUGGCGACGAUGGCCCAAACGGACCGCAUAUCAUGAUAGACGAUAAUUAG